CCUCUUGCAUUUGUUUACGGAACUAAUUUUGUGGUCAAGGCUAUCCCAUUGAAUUGUCAUGGGGGUGAAAAGCGCUCUUGCCUUGUCUAUCCCCACUACUCGUGUUGUUUCUUUAUGAUUUCCUACCUGUUCCCACAGAACAUACCCCCAGGGGGGAUAUUUUGUGCCUGUUCCUAACCUAAGUUGCUUAUUAUUUGUUGCUAUUAGUGUCAUAGAACAAGGAUCAGUGUGUGUUUUAUCUUUAAUUUGUUUUGAUUCAAAUAGUGUUCAGUGUAUAUGCGAGUGUUAGGGAGAACGAUCAUAAAACAUUGAUUCCCGCAUCUACGAAUGCAAAUAAGAUGCCCCCAACGUUAACAGCAACUAAACAAACCACUCAAAACGGGGAAUUAUCGUCUAAAGAAGCGGGGAGCCCAAAAGAAGCCAGUGGUUCCCGCACUAAAAGCUCCCCACCUCGUAUCAGUUUACGAAUAUUAACCCGGAAAACAAAAAACAAUCAAACCAGCCCAAAUGGGCAAACUAAUGCAAGAGGAAGUCAAGUGAAGAAGUCACCUAAAGCAAGCAGCAUCUCAAAUAGCGAUAAUAAGGGGCGAAGCCCCACAUCAGCCAGAGCCUCCCGUAAAAGCGCAGCUGCUCCCAAGAAGAGUAAAAGCAAUGCAGCCAAGGACUGUGCCCCAUCUAGUAAAACCCUGAAAACACCCAAGAAAUCUUCAGAUUUGGAUCUGUUGUCACCUCUUGAAUCUAAGCGCCCCAGAAAAACCAGUGAAAAGGCCGCUAAAAGCGCUCCAAAUCGUACUAGCCCACGAAGAAUAACCGGCAAAUCGCAAGACGAUCAAACCAGCCCAAAUGGGGCCACUUUAAGCAUUAGUGGCAGGAAUGCAGGAGGAAUUGAAGGGAAAAGUUCCCCGAAAGCAAGCAGCAGGUCGAAAAGGGACAAUAAGGGGCGAAGCGCCGCCUCUACCAGAGUCUCCCCUAAAAGCGCAGCUGCGGCCAAGAAACGAAAAUUUAAUCCAGCCAAGGACUGUGCCCCGUCAAGUAAAACGCUGGAAAUACCCAAAACUUCAGAUUUGGACCUGAUAUUACCUCUUGAAGUUAAACGCCCUAAAAAAACCACUGAAAAAGCCGCCAAAAGCGCUUCAGUUCGUACCAGCCCACGAAGAUUAACCGGCAGAUCGCCAGACGGUCAAACCAGCCCGAAUGGGGCCACUUUAAGCAUUAGUGGAAUAAAUGCAGGAGAAAUUGAAGGAAAAAGUUCCUCGAAAGCAAGCAGCAGCUCGAAAGGGGAUAAUAAGGGGCGAAGCUCCACCUCUACCAGAGUCUCCCCUAAAAGCGCAGCUGCGAAACGAAAAUUUAAUCCAGCCAAGGACUGUGCCCCAUCAAGUAAAAAAAUUCGAAAUCUAAAGGCGCAAGUAAACAAUUCGAAAUCUAAAGGCGAACUGAAUAAUGAAGAUAUAGAAGAGCGGCUGUUGGCGUCCCCAAAGCGCAACACCGACCAGUCGGAAGCCUUUAAGAGGUAUGGCGUAAUAGUGCCCUCGAUUGAAGAAAUGUUGGCUGAGAAGAACAACCUGGUGAGCUACAGGCAGCAUGUGGAAGAAGCGCAAAAGAUCGAUGAGCCCACUUUUGUCUGGCCCAGUUUACCUAAGCGAGAGCAAUUUUGCGAGCCGAUGCUGGACUGCAAGAGUCUAACUUUAGAUGAGCUCACUGAGCAGUUUAAUCUCAAUGUGAGUUUCCUGGCUGGAAUCAGUGGGGGAAAAACAUAUUCGGAUAGACAUCAGCGUUACCACAACUCCAACCAGUGGCAGCACAAAUUCACCCUCAGGGACUUAACGUAUAAUACCAGCACUAUAGUGUUCAGUUUCGAGCAAGUGGAUCAUUUGGCCACUUUGAUAGACGGUGGAUUUCCCGACCAAUCCAAGUAUGUGUUCCAAGUGCUGCUGCCUGAACUGUGCCUGAAGAUUUUCAUGAACCAGCACGACAUGAGCAAGCUGCAAGCCAAGAAGUACUUAGACAUGCGACCAGUUGAAUGAGCAAAUUUACUUUAUGAAAUAUACAAGUUUUUGUUUAA